AUGGUUGGUAAGCAAGCAAUUGGUCUCCAGUUCUUAGGAUCUCCCGUGUUAUCAUCUUUGUUUAAUGUUCUAGAACCGGGCAGCGGCUACCCUCUGCGCAUGGACUCGCCGCGGCCUCCGACGCGCCCCGUGGCACCGGAGUCGCCCGCGCUGCGCGCCGUCCUGGCCGCACCGUGCUCGCCAGCGCUGCGCGCCCUCUUCGCCUCGCGCGCUUCCCUCGCACCCGAGCUGCGCCGCAGUCCCGAGCCUGCCCCCAGCCCCGUGGACACGACGCCACUGCAGCCAUCAUCACCGCCGAGCCUUAUUGAGCGGGCGUGCCUUGUCGAGCUGGCUCCGUCGCCGCCGAGCCUUGUCAAGCUGGCUUUGUCGCUGCUGACCUAUGUCGAGCCAGCUCCGACGCCGCUGCCCUUCGUGGAGCCGGCGGCCCCGCCGCCGAGCCUCGCGGAGCCGGCGGCCCCGCCGCCGAGCCUCGUGGAGCCGGCGGCCCCGCCGCCGAGCCUCGUGGUGCCGGCGAGCCUCGUGGAGCCGGCGGCCCCGCCGCCGAGCCUCGCGGAGCCGGCGGCCCCGCCGCCGAGCCUCGUGGAGCCGGCGGCCCCGCCGCCGAGCCUCGUGGAGCCGGCGGCCCCGCCGCCGAGCCUCGCGGAGCCGGCGAGCCUCGUGGAGCCGGCGAGCCUCGUGGAGCCGGCGAGCCUCGUGGAGCCGGCGGCCCCGCCGCCGAGCCUCGUGGAGCCGUGCCCCCCGGCAGGCCGCGCGUCCGCGCCGCCCGCCCCGGCUCGGGCGCCGCCCUCGCGCCGCGCCCCGAGCCCGCGCGGCGGCCCCCGCCGCACCAUCCUAUACUCUGACGAGGUGGGCUCCGGCCUUGGCGCGCUGCUGGCGGAGCGCUUGUCGCAGGGCGUCCUCAACAACUGUCACCCGGGGACCUCCGCCGAUCGACUGAUAGAAUGUAUUUCUACAGGCGAGUUUGACCGCGCCUCCACGCUUAUCGUUUUCUUAGGGAAUAGUAUAGACUGUACUAAGCGAGAUAUUUUAAAAUUAUCCGCUACGCUGUCGGCGAUUGACCAGAGAGAGGUUGCAAAAAUAAUUAUCUGUGCGCUCCCAUAUAGAAUGUCGAGCAAGGUCAAUAAAAGGUCCGACAAUAUUGACGUUCUCUGUAUUACUGAACACUGGCUGUCGGAGCUGUUAUUGACGAACAGCUCAGCUGAGGGGUUGACUCUUCAAGAAAACUCCUGCUACACAUCCUGCUGA